CACGAGCAUCACAGGAGUGAGAACACAAAGGCAGGCAUGUGAUUUCUUCUUCCACGAAACACACAGGGGAGAGAGAGGGGAAAACGCGGAAGUCAAUACUCAUGCCGCCAUGGUCCAUGGCGAGCCGAGUCAAGGGCAGCCGUCUAGAAGAGCCAAGCCAGACCAACAAGACAUGGCGACGACAUAUAUACACGACUGAGCACCGAGACGACAAUAGCUUUAAGCCUUUAACUAUCCAGUCCUGCAGCCGCGGCGUUCGUGCAUUUCGUACAGGCAACGCCGCCACACCGGCCGGUCACCGGAGAGAAGUACAGGGCCGUGCAGCAGGUUUGAGCGCAGCACACGACCAAGCAUGACAGACUACCACAGGAUCCACCCUGUGAGCGUGGGCUCGCCGCCGCCGUCCGCGCCGCCGGAGCAUGCCAAGAAACCCAGCCACGACCAGCUACUACCGGUGACCGCCCCGCCGCCGUACGCACCAGCGCCGCUGCCCCCGCCGCGGCGCCAGCGGAGGCACAGCCGGUGCUGCCGGUGCGUGUGCUACACCUUCCUGGCCCUCGUCCUGCUCGUCGUCGCGCUCGGCGUUACCGCGGGGAUUCUGUACCUCGUUUUCCGGCCCAAGAUCCCGACCUUCAAUGUGGACCGGCUCACCGUCACCCGGUUUGACGUGAACACCACCACGGCCACGGUCACCGACGCGUUCGACGUCGACGUGACCGCCACCAACCCGAACCGCCGCAUCGGGAUCUACUACGACGGCGGCGACGUCACGGCGUCCUUCAACGGCACCGUGCUGUGCCGCGGCGCCUUCCCGGCGCUGUACCAGGGCCACCGGACCACCGUGCACCCGAACAUCUCGCUCGCCGGGGAGACGCGGCUCGAUAGCGACGUCGCGGCGCAGCUGCUGCAGCAGCGGCAGGCCGGGUUCGUGCCGCUCACCGUGCGCGCCCGCGUGCCGAUACGCAUCAAGUUCGGCGCCAUCAGGCUGUGGAAGAUGACGGGCAAGGCCAACUGCAACCUGGUGGUCGACAAUAUCCAGGCAGGCACGCAGCUGAACAUCCGAUCCAAUACUUGCAGUUUUAAGCUUAAGAUCUAGAUAGAUAAAUACCUUAAUUUUAUGAAUUUGGCCAUAUUUUGUUCAAAUUGUUUGUCAUGUUUCUACAGUGCAUUAGUUAGUUAUAUCAAUAAGAUUACAUCUCCUUGUAUAUGACGAUGAAUCCACCGGUUGAGCUCUGCUUCAACAUGGGUGGUAGAGGUGUACAAUUUCGCUCCAUUCUUCUCGGCAUGUGUAUUCAUAGCUUGAGUGUAAUAUUAUUCGGUAUGCAUUUACAUAUUUUAAAAAACUUGGUAUGAAAUUAUUUAUACGUGUCAA